AUGUACUGGCCACUUUACUUAAUAAUAGGUGGACUGGCAACCUUAUGGUUUGUCUGGAGGUACAAACACAGGAGAAUGAUAGAAAUAGCACAGAAGUUACCUGGACCGCCCUCAAUCCCUCUAAUAGGGAAUGGCCAUCAGUUUAUUUGUAAACCAGAAGAACUAAUUAUAGUGAUUAAGAAAAUGAUAGAGGACUACGGAGAUGUAGUGACAUUUUGGUUGGGACCUAACCUCAAUUUUAUUUUAAGUAAACCUGAUGACAUCAAGAUUCUACUAUCAAGUUCAAAGACUAGCGUCAAGGGUCCUCAAUAUAAGUACAUGGCUGAUGUACUUGGUGGUGGUAUAUUAAGUGGAUCAGGACCACAAUGGCGAAAGCACAGGAAAAUAGCUGCUCCUAAUUAUGGUAAACGAGCUAUAGAAAGUUACAACAAUGUAUUCAACAAAGAAGUAGAUUUACUGCUGGACAAAUUAAGAGCGAUGCCCGAGAAACCAUUCGAUAUAUACACAUUGAUUGUACGAUGCACAAGCUAUUCUGUUUGCCAAACCUUAAUGGGUGUAACAAAAGAACAGACCUCUAAGCUACCUCACAUAGAAGAAAUUAUCGACAAAACUCCUCAACAUUAUGACAUAGUAUUCGAUAGGAUGACAAAAUGGUAUUUACAAAUCGAUCCGGUAUUCUGGAUGAGCAAAAUCUAUCAACAGCAGAAGCAUUUUCUAAAGUUAAUUUCAGAAUUUAGUCUUGAAAUCCUUAAGCAUAGAAUAAACAGACUCAAAACUUUAGAAGACCACAACAAGAAAAUUCUUUUGGAUCCGGAUCAAGAUUCGGUGAUCAAUACGGAACUAAGUGUGAUAGAUAGGUUUAUAUUAUCUAAAGAAUUUACUCAUAACGACCUGAUAUCAGAGACUUUUACCAUAUUUACAUCGAGUCAGGAGGCGUCAGCUAAAAUAUCUUCAUUCAUUUUACUUAUGAUGGCUUACCAUCCAAAGUGUCAGGAAAAACUCUACGCCGAAAUCAAAAGGGUGAUAGGAGAUGAAGACAGAGCGGUCUCUAAUGAUGACUUAAAACAGAUGCCAUAUCUAGAAAUGGUUCUUAAAGAAGUGUUACGAUUGUUUCCUAUCGGUGUUAUGUUACAGAGGACCAUACACGAAGAUAUUAAUAUAAGCACUUGCACACUGCCAUCAGGCUGUUCGUUCGUAGUUCCAAUCUUCAAUUUGCACCGCGACUCUCGCUUUUGGAACCGACCAAACUCCUUUGACCCAGAACGAUUCACUCCCGAGAAUAUAAAGAAACGCAAGCCUAAUUGCUAUCUCCCAUUUAGUUUGGGACCAAUGGAUUGCCUAGGUAGAUACUUCGGUACAAAAUUAGUUAAAACAAUAUGUGUAAGGAUUCUACGGGAAUUUGCUGUCUCCUCACCAGGGACGUAUGACGACAUGCGAGUGAUUAUGGCGAUAUCGGUUGCGUCUAUCAACGGAUAUCCUGUGUGUUUACAUCCAAGAAAAUUGAAAUAG